AUGGGGAGAGGAAAGAUUGUUAUUCGUAGGAUUAACAAUUCGACUAGCAGGCAAGUAACUUUCUCAAAGAGAAGAAGUGGAUUGCUGAAGAAGGCUAGAGAGCUAUCAAUUCUUUGUGAUGCAGAAGUUGGACUGAUUGUUUUCUCCAGCACUGGAAGGCUUUAUGAUUAUUCAAGUACAAGCAUGAAAUCUGUAAUUGAAAGGUACAACAAACAGAAAGAAGAGCAAUACCUACUGCUAAAUCCUACUUCAGAGAUCAAGGUACUUCUCAUCAGUAAAGAAUUACCUAAUCUCUUUGCUUCAUUAAUAUAUGCAAUGAUCUCAGCAGCAUUAAAUGGUGAAUAA